ACCUUUCGGUGACUGUAAGAAAAUUGUUUCCGGUGUACCCGUGCAUGUCGCGUCUCCUUCGCAGUCCUUUUUGUGUUGCUGGUUUUUAAGGGAGAACUGGAACCUCUGCUCGGCUAGAUAGCUGGAGGGGGAAAUAUUUAAUUUUGUUGACGAAGAGUUCACAAAAAAUCCACCAAGAUGCCUCGAAUUAUGAUAAAAGGAGGAGUUUGGCGAAACACGGAGGAUGAGAUUCUCAAGGCGGCGGUAAUGAAAUAUGGAAAAAACCAGUGGUCCCGUAUCGCCUCCCUGCUGCACCGCAAGUCUGCCAAACAGUGCAAAGCCAGAUGGUACGAGUGGUUGGACCCCAGCAUUAAGAAAACUGAGUGGUCCAGAGAGGAGGAGGAGAAGCUGCUUCAUUUGGCCAAGCUGAUGCCAACGCAGUGGAGGACCAUCGCUCCCAUCAUAGGACGCACUGCGGCUCAGUGUCUGGAGCACUACGAGUACCUGCUAGACAAAGCUGCACAGAGAGACAAUGAGGAAGAGGUGGGAGAUGAUCCGAGGAAGUUAAAACCGGGAGAGAUCGAUCCAAAUCCUGAGACCAAACCUGCCAGACCCGAUCCUGUGGACAUGGAUGAAGACGAGCUGGAGAUGCUGUCUGAGGCCAGGGCUCGCCUGGCCAACACACAGGGCAAGAAGGCCAAGAGGAAGGCCAGAGAGAAACAGCUGGAGGAGGCCAGGCGUUUGGCUGCCCUGCAGAAGCGCAGGGAGCUGAGAGCAGCAGGAAUUGGUGUUCAAAAGAAGAGGAAGAAGAAGAGAGGGGUGGACUACAACGCUGAGAUCCCGUUUGAAAAGAAACCUGCUCCGGGUUUCUAUGACACCAGCAUGGAGAAUUACGAAGCGCUGGAACCCAACUUCAAACGGCUCCGACAGCAGCACCUGGACGGAGAACUACGCAAUGAGCGUGAAGAGAGGGACCGGAAGAAAGAUAAGCAGAAGAUAAAGAAGAAGAAGGAGAGCGACCUGCCCUCUGCCAUCCUUCAGACUAGCGGCGUCGCAGAGUUCACCAAGAAACGCUCAAAGCUCGUGCUGCCUGCACCUCAGAUCAGCGAUGCUGAGCUGGAGGAAGUGGUCAAACUGGGGGUGGCCAGUGAAGUGGCACGCCAGGCUGCUGAGGAGAGUGAAGGUGGAAACUCCGCCUCCUCCACCCUUUUGUCGGAGUACAACAUCACAAACAACAUGGCUGCAGGACUGCGGACCCCUCGCACCCCCGCAGCCCAGGACAGGAUAAUGCAGGAAGCCCAGAACCUGAUGGCUCUCACCAACAUCGACACCCCUCUGAAGGGGGGGCUCAACACGCCUCUGCACGAAAGCGACUUCAGUGGAGUGACGCCUCAGCGGCAGCAGAUCCAGACACCCAACACUGUCCUCAGCACGCCGUUCAGAACCCCCGGACCGGGUCAGACCUCGGAUGGCAUGACCCCCCAAGCCGGCGGGGGAGUGACCCCACGUGGGCUGGCUACGCCAGGACUGACUCCGGGGCGCACGCCGCUGAGAGAUAAGCUGAACAUCAACACGGAUGAGCAAGCGGCGGAUCCGACGUUUGCCAAACAUGCGCAAAAGGAAAGCUUGCAGCAGCUCAGGCAGGGUCUGAUGUCACUUCCUGCUCCGAAAAACGAUUUUGAGAUUGUUCUCCCGGAAAACGCAGAGAAAGAGCUUGAAGAAAUGGAGGCAGAGACUGGAUUUGUGGAAGACUCGGCAGACAUUGAAGCACGCAAGCAGGCUCAGCGAGAGGCACAAAGGGAGAAGGAGCUGAAGCUGCGGCACACCCCCGUCCAGAGGAGCCUCCCGAGGCCGUCAGAGGUCAACGAGUCAGUCCUCCGGCCCGCCUCCAUGGAGCCGCUGUCUGACCUACAGAUAGCUGAGGAGCUGGUCAAACAGGAAAUGAUCACCAUGCUGCAUUACGACUGCCUCCAUCACCCCUCAACUAACGCAACCAACCCUCUGCAGCGCGCCAAAGGCAAAGGCCCCGCCUCCACAUCAAACAACGCUUCACACAUCGCUUACCUGGAAACGCACGCCUACAAACCUGUCAGCACCGAGGACAUGGAGCAGGCAAAGGCCAUCCUGGCAGCAGAAAUGGAGGUGGUGAAGGCUGGAAUGGGUCACGGCGACCUCAGCUUGGAGGCCUACACCCAGGUGUGGGAGGAAUGCUACGGACAGGUGUUGUACCUGCCAGCUCAGAACAGGUACACUCGAGCCAACCUGGCCUCCAAGAAGGAUCGAAUUGAAAGUCUGGAGAAGAAGCUGGAGAUGAACCGCGGUCACAUGACGGCGGACGCUCGCAGAGCAGCUAAACUGGAGAAGAAACUGAAAAUCCUGCUGGGAGGGUUUCAGUCCAGAGCACUCGGGCUCCUCAAGCAGCACAAUGAAUUAUGGGAACAGGUGGAGCAGGCAGCAACUGAGCUGCAGACCUUUGCUCAGCUGAAGAAGCAGGAGGACACAGCCAUUCCCAGGAGACAAGCGGCUCUGCUGGAGGAUGUGGAGCGGCAGAUGGAGAGGGAGAAAGAGCUGCAGCAGAGGUACGGAGAGCUGCUGAUGGAGAGGGAGGCUCUGAUCAACAGCUCCCAGAAGUUCUGAUCAUGUCAUCACCCCCCCACAACCACAGUGUCAAUGUGAUCCUUGUGAAGAGCAGCCUCUUGUCUGUUUGGUCUCAGUCUGAGGUCUGAGCAUGUUUAAUGAUUCACCUUCCUGUAUUAGUGACCAAUAAAGUUUCUUUUCAAACAAA